ACUGAUUUUAGGCGAUGUACAUCAGUUUCUCCAUAGUUGAUGAUCCGUCAAUUUUAACAAGAUGAACGUCGAUACAGAGCUGAUGUUCGAAUGUCUGAUAUACCUGAACUUGUUUUAUUUCCCCGUGUUUGGAACGUGUGAGACGAUAAUGACUGCUGCCAAGUACAUAAGCAUCAUCGAUACUCCAAAAAUUGAUACAGAUGCAGCCGUGGUGGGCACGAAACUCUCUGUGGAGUUGCUGAAAAUCCUUAUCUACAGGAAAUUCAAGGAUUUCAGAAGAAGAACCGUGACUGCAAUAACAGUGUUACUCACCUUCGUAACAAUUGGAACGCUAUUCUACUCUUUCUUCAUCCAGAGUCCGGUGCUGAAACUUGAAUCGAUACUAAACUCCUUGACCAUAAUGUUAGCCACUACAGAAGUUGUUUUUGGCAUUCUAGAAAUAUUACCUUGUUGUCAAAAACCGCAUUACUACUAGUAAACUGUAUAGGCAAUAUAUAGAGAUAUAGAAAAAUCAAGAAUAUCUUGACUAAAUUGAAGAUUACAUUUUUGGAAACAAUUUUUCAGGUAGAUUUGUAAUAUGAAAUAAUUCACACUAGAUACAAGAAUUACGGAAGCGCAAAAAGGCCCCAUAUUUGUAUUAUUUGUUUCAUGAAAAUUACGACUUACAUCGCGAAAUUUCGACUUUGAUCUCGAAAUUACGACUUUAAACUCUAAAUUACGAUUUUAAAUUCGAAAUUUCUACUAAAGUGGAAAUUUUAAAAUGGAAGUCGGAAUUUAGAGUAUAAAGUCGUAAUUUCGAGAUCAAAGUCGAAAUUUCCAAUCGUGAUUUUCAAGAAACGAAUAAUAAAAAUAUGUGGACCUUUUGCGCUUCCGUACAGAAGGGCCACAUAUCUUCAUUAUUAUUUGCUUGAAAAUUGCGACUUUGAGCUAUUUGAAUAACGAUUUCAAACUAGACAUUUCGACAUCAAUCUCGUAAUUUCA